GAGAAUAUCCGCGGAUGUCCUUCCGGGACGCCCAGCCCACCCCAGCGAGGAGUAAAGCUAGUUGACACCGGAUGUGUUUCCUUCCAAGCGAAGUCCACCUUCCGGCCUGGGCCGCCGCUGCUGCGGGAAGCUGAGCUCUGGCUCUCUGAGUCGAUUGUGACCAUGGCUGCUGAAUCUGAUGUUCUGCACUUCCAGUUUGAACAGCAAGGGGAUGUAGUCUUGCAGAAAAUGAAUCUCUUGAGACAACAGAAUUUAUUUUGUGAUGUGUCCAUUUAUAUAAAUGACACCGAGUUCCAGGGCCACAAGGUGAUUUUAGCUGCUUGCUCCACUUUCAUGAGAGAUCAGUUUUUACUCACGCAGUCAAAACAUGUCAGAAUCACCAUCCUGCAGAGUGCAGAAGUUGGCAGAAAACUGUUGCUCUCUUGCUAUACUGGAGCACUUGAAGUUAAAAGGAAAGAGCUUUUGAAAUAUUUGACUGCUGCUAGUUACCUGCAGAUGGUUCACAUUGUGGAAAAGUGCACAGAAGCUUUGUCAAAGUAUCUGGAAAUUGAUCUUUCUAUGAAAAAUAAUCAACAUACUGACCUGUGUCAAUCCUCUGAUCUGGAUGUUAAGAAUGAAGAAGAAAACUCAGAUAAAGACUGUGAGAUUAUAGAAAUUUCAGAGGAUAGUCCUAUAAACAUAGAUUUUCAUGUAAAAGAAGAGGAAAGCAAUGUUUUGCAGUCUACAGUGGAGCUGACAUCAGAGAGAAAGGAAGUGAAGUCACCAGAACUAUCUUCAGUAGACAUUGGUUUUAAAGAUAAUGAAAUUUGUAUCCUCCACGUGGAAUCUAUUAGUACUGCCAGUGUAGAAAAUGGGCAGUUUUCACAGCCUUGUACCUCUUCAAAAGCAAGCAUGUAUUUCUCUGAAACACAGCAUUCACUGAUCAAUUCUACGGUUGAGAGCAGAGUGGCAGAAGUUCCUGGGAAUCAAGAUCAGAGCGUAUUUUGUGAGAAUACUGAAGGAAAUCAUGGUACAGUGAGUGAGAUUCAGAAUCUGGAGGAUGCUUAUUCACUGAGGCACCAGUGCCCCAGGUGUCCUCGAGGAUUUCUUCACGUUGAAAACUAUCUGCGCCACCUGAAGAUGCACAAGCUCUUCUUGUGCCUACAGUGCGGGAAAACAUUUACGCAGAAGAAAAAUCUCAACCGGCAUAUUCGAGGGCACAUGGGCAUACGGCCCUUUCAGUGUACUGUGUGCUUGAAGACAUUUACUGCUAAAAGCACACUUCAGGACCACUUAAAUAUACACAGUGGAGAUCGCCCUUACAAAUGCCACUGUUGUGACAUGGAUUUCAAGCACAAAUCUGCCCUUAAAAAGCACUUAACUUCUGUGCAUGGCAGAAGCAGUGGUGAAAAACUACCCAGGCAUGAUCUCAAAAGGCAAAAUCUGCUGUAAUUAGAACCACACCUUGCUAUAUAAGCCUUAUAUCAUAGUUAGGCAAGUUUUUCCACAGAAACACAGCAUAUGUUAUAUUGCAUCCCCUGCGCCGCCCCCCCAUCUGUGGGUCUUAAUUUUGGUCUGCCUACACAUGUUACUCUUUCUGAACUUCUACUAGCAGUUCCAAAGUGUGGGAGACACGAUAAAGCUAAUGGGAUGCUGUCUUAUCUUGUACAGUAUAUGUAAGUCACAGUGGUGUAUCUAGAGAAAUAAUGUUUCACUCUUAAAUAUUCCUGAUUCUGGUGACAGAGAAUCCAGCAGUAUUUCUAAAUUCUGAUUUGAACUCUCUAGAUAAAUGAUGUACAUGUAAAAUCCCAACCACAUAAUAAUUUUAAUCAAUUAGGUUAAUAGGAAGAGAAAAUAGACUUCAAAACAUGCUGUAAUCCAUUAAUUCUUUGAAGGACUAGUGAAAAAAAAUUUUUUUAAACAAACUAGUUGGAUUCUGAAGCAAAGCACCAAGGUACUUGUUUUAAACUGUAAGGGAACACACUUCAAAUUCACUUGGGAGUAGUAGAAUUUCCUUGGACAUGGGCUAAAAUUCCUUAAAAUAAUGUUUCCAUGAUUUGUUAGUAUACAUAUUUUAGAAAUGAUUAAUCAAGGCCAAGUUUCUUGUUUUUAUUUCAUGCAGUUAUACUUAAUAAUUUUAUGACCAAUAAAAUUAUACCAUUGGCAUGAGGAUCUGAAACUUUUCUUUUUCUUUUUUAAAAGAUUUUAUUUAUUUAUUUGACAGAGAGAGAAAUCACAAGUAGGCAGGGGGGGGGAAGCAGUCUCCCCUCUGAGCAGAGAGCCCAAUGUGGGACUUGAUCCCAGGACCCUGAGAUCAUGACCUGAGCAGAAGGCAGAGGCCUAAUCCACUGAGCCACCCAGGUGCCCCUCUGAAAAUUUUCUUAUAGAAAUUGCAACUUUACCAAAGAUACUCUACUGUUUCCUCUCUUAAAUUCAUUUUAUUUUUUAAUUUUUUAGCUAACAUAAACUAACACAUUUGGUUUUGGUCUACAUUUUCAUGAAUUUUAACACAUGUAGAUUUUGUUCAACCACCACUGCAGUCAGGAUAUAGAACAUUCCAUCAUCCCUAAAAACUCCAUUUUGAUGCCCCUUUGUAAUCAACUCCCCCACCUAUCUUUAAAUCCUGGUAACAGUUGCUAUUGCUAUUAUUUUCCUUUUCUGGAAUGACAUGAGGGGAUCUUGUAGUAUGUACCUUUGUGAGAUGACUUUUUUCACCACACAGAAUGCCGUUGGAUUCACUUAUGUCGUGUGUAUCAACAGUUGAUUCCCUUUUUUACUUUGAAUUGGCAAUAUAUAUUACCUUGUCACUAGAGUAACAGUUUAAAUAAAUAUGGUUAGCUAUUGGUGUUCUCUUAAUUGUUAACUUUUUUCAUUUAUAUUAAUGUAAUUUUCAUUUACCACAUGUUGGUAAAAAUCCUAAUCAUCCCUAGAGUUUUAUUCUGUAUUUCCAGAAAUGUGCCAAAAGCAAAACCAUGACUGUAUGGUUAUUUUUGUGAGCGUAAUAUUCUGAUUGUGUUAUGAGCCAUUGCUCUCUACUAUCCCUGUGUACAAAUAACACAAAACUUUUUGUUGUCAAAGCAAAGAUUAAAAUCUAUUGCCUGGCAAAUCAUACUCUCUAAAUGCAGGAACAAAGUAGUUAAGGAAGCCUGACUGGAUGCAUCUUACUUUCAAGAUGUUCUAUUUCUCCUCUACUCACCUCAGCUUUAUGUAGAAUCUCUGCUAUACUUAGGUUCUGAAGCCCUUCCACAUUUUAAAAUGUAAUAUACUUUGUACCAUUUAUAAGAAUUUCGUGAUUGAUCCCAUGUUGAUUGUUAUAAAUGUUAAAUAUCCUUUUUGUGAGACUUUUGUGAAAAAUAUAUUCUCUGUAGAAUUUUAACUCUUGGAGACACUUCAAAGAAUCCAGCUCUCAUCUUGGAUAAGAAAACCAACUUCAUAACCCCCUCCCCCAGCCAUGUCACUUGUUAAUGACAUUGGACAGGUCACCUCUCUACCAGUUUUUCUUAAAUUAAUAUGUAAAACAGUAACUUUGGACUUGGUAACUUGAAAGAUCAUUUCCAGGUCCAAAAAUCCAUGAUUUUAUACUUAAAUCUUCCUGAGUUUCUAAGAACAGAGAAGAGGGGAAAGCAAGAGAGGAGAGUUUUGUGUCUUUAUGAAUGUUGCUAUUUGAGUACUACUUUGGAGACAGAAUUUUUCUAAAGUAAAUACAGUUUUUCUUCAACGGAGAACAUGAUAGUGCAGCGUUUAAAUUUCUUUGCGAUUUGAUCUAUGAUUGGCCAUGAUUGUAGUUAUGAAAACAUUUCCCUUUCAGAAAUAGUUUGUGCUUGAAGUACUUUUCUUAUUUUUGCUUUCUAGGAUGAAAUUUUCUGGGGGAGGGCUAGAGAUGGGAGGGAAGGGUAAAAGAAUAGUAAUAAACUGGUUUUUUUAGGAAUUGGUAUCUACUAUCCUUGAUGUUUGGAAAAAAUUAUGGUUGAAAUAUGUUUAAGUUUUAUGUGUGCCUUGUAAGAUUCUUGUGAUAUUUUUUGUAAGCACUUUGAGAUAUUUGCUUGGGGGAAGGGAUGUUUUGUGAAAGUGAUGGUUGUUAUUUAUUUUUAUUUAUUCCUGUCCAGUAGCAGAGAGUGAUCUCAGAACAUUCCUAGGACAGUGUCUGUUUGCAUGAUGUAUAUAAACAAUUUCAGGAAAAUGGAAUCUUUUUAAAAAUGCAGGUAUGGCAAAGUAAAUUGUUGAAUUUAUUCAUUUAAAACAUUCACUUUUUGUGUUUCUGAUAUGUUGGGGGAAAAUGCAACAUAUUUGAGUUCAGUCUCUUCAUUUACUGCAUUUAUGUAUAAAGAGUCUUGGAAAGUUAACUGUUACUUUGGUAUAAGAGAAAAUUCUUGCUGUUUUUUUGUUGGAUGUAACUAUUCUAUAUGUUUACAUUUUAAAAAAACAAUAAACUGGAGAUGGGAAUGGAGAA